CAGAAAAACAAACAAAUUCAGUGGGGAAAGUAAAUGGCAUGCAUAUGCGCGUGUAUAGGGAAGCGCCUGGACGCGUUGGUAGAGGCGCAACGGGAAAGGCUGGAGCGGCGCCGGCGCGCGUGCCUGACGAGGCUGUGGAAGCGCGUGUGCGACGCACUCGCCUCCUCCGCGACCUACCGCGGGCUAUGGUGCCAGCAGCUGUGCUUUGACUCGGGGCUUUGCCUGUGCUGUACCUGCCUCUGCCACCCCUUCCACUGCGUGUGGAGCCUCGUGGAGCGCAGGUACGUCGACGGCGCCAAGCAUGUCGCCACCUUCGCGUGCCACUGCCUUCAGUUCUGGACGCCGCUCAGCGUCACCGUCUUCCUCGUCUGGUUCCUCUACCGCCCCGACCGCUUCCACCCUCGUAUGGACGGCGGCGUCCUCGCGCGCCUCGACGUCCUCGGUGAUGCCGAUAAUGGCAGCAGGAUGAUCCGGUACGACAUGUCCGUGGAUAUCAGCUUCCGGAACUCCCAUCGCCGGCUUGGCAUCCGGUACCUCGACGUCGGCGCCGCCGCCUUCUACAACGGCACCAAGCUCGGCCCCGCCGACAACUACUUCCCGACCUCCUUCCGCCAGGGACCAAAGAACACAACCGUUCUUCACCCCGUGUUCAGGGGCGUGGUGGCCGUGGACUCUAGCGUGGUGGCUGAGCUAGAGAGGGAGCGGGCCGCGGGGAUGGUGCACGUUAGGGUCACCUUGGAUCUGAUGUAGGCCUGGUUAACGAGCAUGCUCGACUCGUUAAGAGCUCGCUCGUUAAGAAUUCGGCUCGUUAUGCUCGUUAACCUUAACGAACAUCAAAGCCUGUUCGGCUCGGUUCGUUUAUUGCUUGCGAGCGCUCGUCGGGCGCUCGUUAAGCUCGGUAGCGGUGAAAAAAAUGGGUAGCAUCUAUGCAGAAAAAAUGACAAGCAAAGCAUGUGUACAACAUCAUAUAAUAAGUCCAUAACAAAUAAGACUAAUAACCAUUACAGACUACAACACAAAUACUCAUAAGACUAGCAGAAAUUACACAGCAUCGGUGUCCUCAUACAGUACAAUACAGAAGCACUCAUAAGACUAAUAUUAGUUUGACGAGAGUACGAGAUGAGGAGACUGGAGACCUGACUGACCUAACGAAUCUUGGGCUUGGGCCGCAUUCAGGCAAUUGGGCUGUUCGGGAGGGUGUGCUGGGCCUAACAAGUCGUGGGUUACUGUGUUUGGUUCGAUCACCAGACGCCAGAUAACGAGGUAACAAGCAUGCUCGCGAGUCUUGCUAGUUCGGGUCGUUAAGCUCUUUGGUGUUAACGAGUUUGAAGAGGUGCUCUACUCAAUGCUUUAGUCUAACGAGCCGAACUCUUAACGAGCCGAGUACCAAACGAGUCGAGCUACUCUCCGAAUACCGAGUAAAAUGUCCGGGCCUAAUCUGAUGCUCAGGUACAAGGUGUGGUUUGUGGAUGAGGUCUUCUUCUACAAGUACGACUGCUGGCUAUGGUUCCCCCCGCCGAAGCGAAACCCUGCCGUCUUCCACGGCGACGGCGCGCAGUGCUGGCGCGUUUAAUUGGUCCAUACACUUAAUUUCCUACUACUACUUUGAACGGAGUGUCGGUGUAAAAUAUACAAUUGAAACCCUGAUUGUAUUAAAAUAAAGGAGGACCCCGGAGCUUCCUCAUGUGUAUCAUUCGGUUUGCGGGAUUUUUUUUUCUUAUCUGUAACAUUAAUUUCACAGGA